CUAUGACCGCUAUACCCCGUUCCACUGGUAGAAUCGUUGUAACGAUCGAAUCUGCUGGAGCGUAAGAAGCACAAUCGAAGUCGCGAGAGAGUCUCAACAGGAUGAAGUGUCUUCUAAGUGUCAUCCUCUUGUCGCUGGGAACAACGUGGGCAGCAAAAAUCUAUCGCCUAUGUGCACCAGACGACAUUAGCGAUUCAGAGUGUAGUUUAUUGGCGAAGGGUGAUAGCCCCGUGCUUUGCGAAAGAGUUACAGACCGAACGGAAUGCGCUAUUAAGAUCGCUAAGGGUCGCGCACAUUUUGGCGUUUUCAAUGCUGAGGAACUGCUGCUCGCUUAUCAUUUCUACCCGGAUGAGAUCAAGCCGAUUGCACAGCUACGGCACAGGGAAAGGAGAAAUCGAGAGUACGACUUCCAAAGUGUUGUCGUUGUCCCCGAAUCAUUCAACUCAAACGAAGGUCUAGCGGGCCUAAAAAAUGGUGGAUUGUGUCACCCCGGCUUUUCCAAGUCUCAAAACUGGAACGAUUACAUUCUGAAAUUCUUUGAGAGAAAGGCGUGGAGUCACCAAUGCAACGGCGACGUCUCCGUCGCCGAAAAUGAAGCGAUCAAUCUCAAGAACUUCUUCGGGAGAGCUUGCCGGCCUGGCAAAUGGGUUGAGGAUCCGGCUGAGGACAAGCGAUUGAAGCAAAAAUAUCCGCAACUUUGCGAACUCUGUGAUAAUAAUCAUGAUUGUGCUUAUUAUAACAACGACCACCAUGGACACAUGGGAGCGCUGGAAUGUUUAGUAUCUGGUCGGGGGAAGGCUGCAUAUGUGGCGUAUGACUACGCUUACCAAUACUUCGGGGUGAAUCUCACCGGACCAGAGCCACGAGUAACGAAACCAGGAUUCCAAUUUCUCUGUCCGAAUGGAUCGCUCAAACCUUUAACAGUAUCCGAGCCAUGCGCGUGGAUUGGCCAGCCAUGGAGUGCAGUUGCAGUAAAAAAGGAUCGGUCCUCAGAGCUCGUCUCGUCAUUGAAAACAUGGCUGGCGUCUCCUUUCGUCCCUGACAGUUGGAAAGACACUCUGAACAAAAUCCUCAAAAAAGAAGGAGAAAUAAGCAAUUACACCGAGGAUCAGACGCUAAGUACUUACUUAGCAACUGGCCGAGAGAUCAAUUUACCCGAAAAACCCUGUGGAAACACAAUUCGUUGGUGUACAAUCUCCCCCCAGGAGACUGGAAAGUGCAGAUGGGUAGCGAAAGAGGCUCUUCUCCUCGGAAUUGAACCCAAGUUCACCUGCGUCGAGACCAAUUCCACAUUCGAUUGUCUCCGGACUAUAUCGAAAAAUCUCGCUGAUAUCAUCACUAUAGACUCCAACUACGGAUAUUUGGCCAGAACCAUUUUUAAUCUAACGACAUUACUAUAUGUCGAACCAAUGAAGACGAUGAACAGUGCAAUAAUAGCAGUCGUAAAGAAUUCGCAAUCACCGAAAUUUGGUAGUUUCAAAAGUCUGAAAGGAAAGACCGCGUGCUUUCCUGAAUACGGAGGAAUCGCUUGGUUGUCACUGAUCAAUGUCGCUCGCAAUCAAAAAAUCAUACCGGACACCUGCGAUUAUCCCCAAGCCCUGGCUGGCUUGUUCUCCGGGGCCUGUACCCCUGGAAUCAACGACACGGAUCAUUCAGAUGUGACUACCAAAGUGGAAGUAGUGCAACAACUUUGCUCUUCUUGUCCUUUGCAAGCCGACAACUCCACAUGUUCCGCGAGUCCUGAUAAUACGUUCUAUGGAGAUGAAGGGGUUCUGGAUUGUCUCGAUGGCCCUGGAGAUAUUGGGUUUGUGGAAAUAAAGAAUGUUGGGGGAGAACUGCGAGCAGGGAAGAUCAGGCCUGAUGAUUAUAGAGUAUUAUGCAAGAAUGGGAGUCUGGCGGUCAAUACUGGAUUCAAUAUUGACAGCAAUUGCGCCCUGUCUGUCACCAUUGAUAGCGAGGUCCUGGGGAGAUCUAGCAACCGAGCUGUUGAGAAUAUGGACACCACCAUCGCUCUUCUGAACCUUGAGGCUUGGUUGGGGUACACUUCUCGCGCCAGGCGAACGAUCAGAAUCUACGACUCAUUCACAGGAUACCGUGAUCUACUGUUUAAAGAAACAACAGUGGCGUUGAGGCCCAAAGACUCGGAUGUCGAAAGCGUCGUAGCUUACAAAGAGUUGUUUGAGAAUUUCGAAUCCUGCCGGAAUUCCGGAGUGGGAAUAAUUAGUAAUACUCUCACUACGGUUGGAGGUGUAAUCAUUGCCAUAAUUAUGCUUACUCAAUAAUUACCCUCAACAGCAUUAUGAUUAAGACACCAAUAAAUCUGCAUAUGACAUUAUUUUCUAAUUCAAUGAUUCUCCGUUGAGGGGAGGAUUUGCGAUGUAUUUUUGAGUUGAGGGUUUGUAACAAUGACAUCAAUAAAAUAUACUUUCGGAAA